AUACCUCACCAGCCAGCAGCAGUUCCACGACCACAUCCUACAACAAACACUACAACCUCUUCACAAAAGUCAGAAUCUCAGCAGUCAUCAUCUUCAGGACUGUCUGAACCGGUUGCAAUUGACCUUUUAGGUCUAAUGGCAGAUGCACCUAGCACAUCCUCAACUGAUGAUCUUUUUGAUUCUAUCCUGAUGACUUCUUCUGAAGUAGCUUCCGUCAGUUCUGUAACCACUGUAUCAAGCCCAGAAAAUAUCAGUCAGUGUACAGAAAUGGAUGAAAAAGAUUUCUUUAACCAGAAAGCACCAGCUGAAUCUCAGGGGAAAAAUAUUCUCACUAAAGAAACUAUAUUAUCACUGUACUCAUCAGGAACAAAAGUAUCCCAGCCAUCUUUUGGUGUGCCAGGAGGUGUGUAUUUACCACAGCCAGUGUACCAGACUGCACCUAUCAUUGGAGGUAUUCCAUCUGCUGGAGCUAUGAGUAUGCCUAAUGGAAUAAUGGGGAGUCAGCUUCAGACUAAUGGUGUACCUCAGGGUACACAGGCUGUGCCUUCAACUAACCCUUUUGGCUCCUUUGGGGUGGGUUCACAAAGUGUAGCUGUCUGGGAUAGUGGGCUGUCUAACUCUGGCCAAGGAACACCUGGGCUUAUCCAGAUUCAAAAUCAAAUGGCAUCACUCCAAGUGGGAGGCCAGUCUUGGGGAGUUAUGGGUAACCUCCAGCCACAAAUACCAACAGGAGGAGCACAGCCCAUAGGAUUAGAAGCUCCCCAGCAAUCUCCAGGUACCUGGUCCCAGCUCCCUCAAGGACAAACUUUAUCUACCAGUCUCUGGCAUUAAAGUUCACUGUUUUUAGUAACACCAGAACAUUUUUGAGAAAACAUCUUCAUUACAAGAAAGAAUGUUUCCAUUCGAAGAUGACCGCUCAUUCUCUGCUGUAAUCCUUGUCUUCGGUAGUAAUGUUGUACAGUAGUUAGUGUUAAAUCAACUGGCUGUCUUUUCAUAGAAAAAUAGGACUUUUAAAUAUUCAUCAAAGAGCUUUAGUGACAAAUUUAAUUCUAACUUGGAUUCAGAUCAAAAAUCACUUCAUAUAUAGUGAAUUAUGAAUUGUAUCUUCAUGAAGAUUUUCCUUUUGUAUUCUGUAUUAAUGGGGAACAUUUAUAACUGCAUGUAUAAAUCCUAUAUCUAUUAGUAAUUAUGGAAAAAAUAAUUACUUUUAAACUGAUAUUUGGUUUUGGACUUGUUUGGAGAAACAAGAUUUUUAAAACUUAUCUUAGGUAUUUAGUUUCUAAACAGAUUUGUUUCUUACCCGAAGUAAAAUAAUUAGAAAUGAACCUAGACUAACACAACUCAGGUUAACAGAAGUACAUAUCAACUCCUCUGUAUUAGAAGUUGGUUAUGUGAAAACAAAUCUUUUGAUUAUUUCCAGCUAAUAUAACCUGGAUUCAAUAUUGACGAGAUGAUGGUGAUAAUGAACAAUGUAUGAUAAAAAGAAAAAUGUUUAGAUUAUAAAUGAACUGUUCUCGUUAUGGGUA